AUGGAGACUCUUAGUCCAACGAAAGCCUCGACAAUCAAGUAUAACCUUGCAGCAGCAUACGUGCAAGCAAGCGGGAAUAUACUCCAGAAUUCGGCCUUCAGUGGCAGUACCUUGGAAACCUUGGCAGAGUCCCUUGUCAGUCGCGCUUGCUCCACGUCUUCCAGCUUAGAUUUCCAGAAGAUCCUGCAGAAGAAGCGCUACCAGCGUGACAGAGGCUCGAUUCCUCCGUAG